ACCCACUCCCGACUCUCGUCACCGAGCGGGGGGAUGAGCUCGCUCCCAGCGGCGGAGCCACGAUCUGGGGUGCUCGAUUCUACCACACCGCAUCUUUCAGCUCCCCUUGCAUUUUAUUUUUGCGGGCAUUUCAGCUACCCUACGAUCGUUUUAAUUUGGAUUUUCUGGGAGUUUUGGUAGAGUUUUACGAGUAGGGAAAGGGGUUGAGGUUUACUCUUGCGUUGCUCUAGGGAUUGGGCGGAUUGGAGCUUUCGCGUGGGAGGGGCCCCAGGGGCGUGUAGCUCUUGCGGCUGAGAGGAUUAUACAGGGUUUCGGUGGAUUGAGUUGAGCGGAAUUGCGAAUUCGAUCAAUUCAUUGGAGAGAGGGUGGUGGUGGUGGUGUUAUCAGUGGUGCUGGUAUAACAAAGUGCUCGUUGGAGGUCGUCAUAUUAUGGCGGUCUGGAGCGUUGGACUUGACGUAUUGCGCCCUCGCCCGUCGUUCCUCUUCUUGCCAUUGAUCACCACUCUUGGAAUCUUAGACCGAUACACGAAGUGGUUCAUCUCGGUGUUCAAAUAUUCUGUUCCUUCCAGGGUAACUUCAAGUGCAGUGGAAUUUGAGCUGCAUGGAUUUUUUUCUCGGGAUCCUGCAAACUGGUUACAUUUCACCACAUUUUAGGUAUCGGGUUCUGAUGAGCUCUAAUAGAAUCAAUCCAUUCAGUUUUGUGAGUGAAGAGGAUUUUUGGGAAAGAAUGUAGUUGUUUUAAUACUUUUUGUUUCUUCCAUAUCUUCCUCCUCCGAACCGUUAGUAUUAGUUUUUCUAUCGGCUAUACUUGAUCUGUACAGUUUCGAAUAGCCUUGUACAUAGGCUCUUUUAGUGUGCUAGCUUAGCAUCCUGACUGCUCUUUAUUCGUAUCCAAGAUUUUUUUUAUCUAUUGAGCGUUCUUACCAAUUGUGUAUUCCUAAGUUCCGUCUUCUGUUUUUUUGGUUUUUUAAGUAGUUCUGUUUCCUCUUCUUCUUCUACUACUCCGGGGGGCAUUGUGUGUAGAGACAUCAGAAUAGUUGGUUACUUUUGAUAUUGUUAAUGUCAACAAUGGGGAUGACCAGUCAGGCUCCUGCUGCAGCCAUGUCUGUCUCGAAGCUUACGCAGAGGCUUUCUUUUGAAAGUCCAACCGAGAUUGAGAAAGAGUUACAACAGGCUCAUUCUAGCCUUCAAUCCCUAUUAUCUCCACCAUACAACCUUUCACACUCCACGGCGAAUACUCCCCAGCUUCCUCAGGCGCUUUUAUACGCCAUUUUGACAAGUCCAACGACUGCUGCAUCUCCUUACCUCCAUCAUUUAACAGCCUUGACUACCAUCACAGGAGAUGGAUACACACCUUUUGUUGCUGUCCUCUUGCGGCUUGUCAACGAAUGUUAUCCAAAGCUGCUUGACCACCCUCGAAGUCAAGUUCUAUGGCUAUUAAGGCAGCUGAUAACCUACAAUGCUGCUGAUAUUGAUAUUUUGUGUGCCACACUUCUGCGACAGGUUGCGGGUGGAGAUUUAAGUACUGGGAAUGUUUGGCUGGCUACUCAGCUUUUGGACGUUAUGCUGAGUCAUGAGCAAUGGCUGUACGAGAAGCCCCAUCUUUUUACUAUGGCCUUGUAUACGUAUCUGCGACUUUUGCCAGAUCACACUAUGGGGAAAACUCCAGUUUUAAAUGAGAUCAAGCAGAAAGAGAUCAUGUUCUGUACCAAAGUUCUUCGGGAAAGGUUUCAAGAUUGCUUAAUGAUUGGUCGCGACUUGAUUCGUUUGCUUCAAGAUGUAGCGCUUCUUCCGGAAUUCGAACUUAUUUGGAGGGACUUACUGUCUAAUCCAUCUUCAUUUAAGGCACCCGGAUUUACCGACAUUGGGCAGUUGUAUGUUGUCAGGACCCCGACACGGUAUUUGGCAUCUAGGGUCACUCCAGAUAUGGAGACUCAAAUCAAGUUCAUGCUUACGAGCGUCCGGAUGGGUAGCCAACGGAGAUAUCAAACGUGGUUUGCUCAGCGUUAUUUAUUUACCUCUGAGAGCGAGACCUUGGUGUGUGACUUAAUUCGAUUCAUUUGUUGUGUAAUUCACCCAACCAACCAGAUUCUGCAGUCAGAUAUUUGUCCUCGCUGGGCUAUUGUGGGAUGGCUACUUAAGUGCUGUAAAAGCAACCAUAUUGAAGCAAAUGCGAAGCUAGCAUUGUUUUACGAUUGGUUCUUCUUCACCAAGACGGACAAUAUUAUGAAUAUUGAACCUGGUAUUCUGCUCAUGGUGCAUUCUAUUCCAAAAUAUGCAGACAUGACCAACUCCCUUCUGGAAUUCUUAUUUCUGUCGGUUGAGAACUAUGAUCCGAUUCGCCGUGACAUUAUCCUGAAGGGAUUUACAGCAUCCAUUGACAUUCUUGUUGGCAAGGGUGUGGUGCGGUCGUUGGAGCCUCUCUCAGCUUGCCAUUUAUUGUCGUCUCCUCUUCGCGAGAAAUUGAACGCUUACUUCCCCUCCUAUUGCAAGCCAGAUCCUGGGGAGGGACCGAGGCAGUUUAGACCCGAUUCGCUGCCAAUAGAUGGGGUUCAAAUCGGUAAAGGGGUUGGCAUGGGGAGUUAUGUUCCUACUGGUGGAGAUGCUAAUAUAUCACCUAUUGCUGCUCAAGGCUCAGAAGCUUCUGGUGUCAGUACAGACGAGCUGAAGCCGGGUGAUGUUGGAGAGAGUACAAACAGAAAGAGAAGACGUGGAGGUACAACAGAUGCUGUAGUUUCGGAAGUACAACUUCUUAUUGACGAUCUCACCGAAGCUUUGACUCAGUCUGAAGAAGGUGCUGCCGUUGCAUUGGAGAAGAUACUAGCUUCCUUUACUUCUGCUUCUGGUCAAACACACAGUGGAAAACUUGCCAAAGUUGAGUCUCCAAAUUCGUCAGAGAUGAAUCUGGACCCAACUGCGGCAAAUCAUACUCCUGACCUUUUCUCUUCAUCCUCUUUAGCAGUUCAAAAAUUUGCCAGUCAAGUCGUAGAAAUUUUUAAAAAAGGGGGUUACGAAAUAUUUGGCCCACUUAAAGCACUACCAUCAGAAAAUUCUAAUGUUGAGGAAUCGACAUCGUUGACUUCCACACUCUUGCAUAUGUAUGUGAGCAACAACCAUCCCCAAAUGCGUCAGUUGCUUGUGGCUUGGCAUCGCGAAGAGCUUGCAGUCGGUCCAAGGCUGCUGUGUUACGUUUCCAGGCUUGCAGAAGGGGUAGAACCGUUUUUGUCUAGGAGCCCCGCCUCGACAGUAGUUACAGGAGAUGCAGAAAUUGACUUGUCUGGCAAAGUGAAGAAGGAAAGUGUGUUGAAGAACUGCAGUGCGGCAAAUAGUAUGAAUACGGUGGUUGAUGGAGAUGGAGAAGUAACUGGUAAUUCUGGAAAUUCCUCGCAGGAGUGUAGUAAAAAUGGUGGGGAUGGAUCGGCCUUCACAGGAAAUCAUCAAACAAACAACAUAUUAAGGGGAAAUUCUUGCAAAUCUUAUCCUAAGGACCUGGACUCACAAUUGUUUGUCGUCAAUGCUUUCAAAGCGUAUGAAGAAUUUUUAAUACUGUUAAGCGGAGGCAAUUCGCCUUUGGAGAUUGGAGAUUCGAAUAUCACCGUAAAUCACAAAUCCAAGAAUUCAAGUACUGCACUGAUUGAAGGGCAGGCCUCCUUACCAUUGGAAUCGAGUGGAGUCAUGAGUGACGGGAAGAUACCAAAACUUGAUAGCAAGACUCCUGAUUCUCUGCUUAUCAAAGAUUUAGAAACUUGUUUUAUGUGGAACAUGCAAAGACUGUCACGGGUUUUGCCCUCAGUUUUCCGCUAUCUUCCACAUCUGGCCACUGGGAAAGAGGCCAUGUUGCUGCUCUUAGUCUCAACCGUUGAUCCAGUAGAUCUUUCCAAUUUUGAAUAUUGGGUAACAGUUGGAGAGUUUGCUGUAAUCGGAAGAGAACUGGAUUCCCUUGUACGCCUUGUAAAGGCCUCCUUAAGUUGGGAUUCUAUUGAACAGCAAUAUUUUUGGCGACUAAUGGGUGCUGAAAUUCUUUCUCUUUCUCCUGCUCCCGCCCUUCAGGUUGUCGAGUUAAGUCUGGCGGUUGUGGAUCCACUGUUGAAUCCAGAUGCUCUAUCAUGUUUGAUUUGGAUUUUACGAGUACAGGCACCCACAGUAGCUCUUUUAAGUGUAAUCCUGUCACUCCCUCCAAAAUUUGGCAACUUCGUUGCAAUUGUGAUGACAGGAUGGGUGUCUUCGCAUUACGUGCAACUCCUUUCUUGUCUACAGCAAUUGUAUGCUGACAAUCUGUUGAGGGAUGGCCGCUUAAGAAAGAGUGAAGUUGGGAACAAUGAUGGAAACUCUGGAUCGCCAAGGCCAGAAAAGAUUAAUGGUGCAUUGAUGGCACCAGUUCUACGUGCUUUUGAGGAUUCUAAGACUGGGAGGGUUGCCAUGGAUGAGAAGGCCGCUCUUCGCACUGGGGAAAUUCGACGUGCCCUUCUCAAAGUUCUUGGAAUUGGUGAGGUGCAGGCUGUAGAUACUUUAGUGGAGAAAGUUGGUGAAAAUUCCUAACACAGGUGAAGAAGCCAAUAUACGAGUUCUGCAAUGAGAUUUUGGAAGGUUAACUUACGAAUUAAAAACUUGGUAUCUUUCAGCAUUCAGAGGCCGGCUUAGAAUAUCCUACAAGUGGGUUUUGGCAUACAGAAUUCGUGUCGACUUUAGUGAACCCGAAGUCAGUGAUCCUUGUAGCAUGGUUGUCAUUGAUGGAAGAGCACGGCAAAGGGUUCUCCUUGAAAGGCUAAGCAUUCUCUUCUGGUGCGGAGCUUACUCACGUUGGAGGAAUUGAGCCGUGUGAAGUUUCGCUCUGCUCCUUAUCUUAAAGGUGACCGACCUUGUAGACCCCAAUUUUUGUUAGUUUUGCUUCUCUGUCUCGUCUGCGCUACAGUUGGAAGAGGAUGUGAAGCAGUGGAAGUCUACACUGGGGUUUGCUUGGAUCACGUGCUUACUUGAUGGAUGCGUCUUGAUGAUCCAAAUGACAACAUGAGCAGCACUUGCAUUACACCCGGUUUGUUUUGAAUACCCGGGCUUUCUGGUUGCCUAGCCGUGGGUAAAAUAGAAGAGAUGUGGCUGAUUACGGAAAGUACUCUUAUGUUAAAAUGUUACCUUUUUGCAUCUGUUGCACUUCAGUCACAAGAGGUGUGAGUGGCAGUUGAGGUGGCGAAAUGAGGGGCUUGGUCGUAAACAGCCUUAAUCUUUCUUCCUCUCAAAGUUCACUUCAUCUACACGUAGCAUCAGUAGUUGUGAUACAGAUAUGGUGAAAGCAAGCAACCAGAACGGCUCAUGUCCAAAUGGGGUGUAAUAUUGUAUCAAUUUGAAACAUGUAAAGGGGAACUUCAGUCCCCACUCCUCACAC